CGAGCGUGUUGACUGAAGGACGCCGACGCGUCGGCAGCCACGAUACAGUUUGCCACCGAGGAUUUAUAAGUCGAGCGCGAUGCGAUCGACAGUGAGGAGAGGACGUCCCUUACAUAAGCUCGUUCUGUCAAUCGUGCUUUCAAUUAACAACAUCACCCGACCGGUUGAACGUUAAACGAAUCAGCGACGCUCAAUACUAUCGUUAAACUGAUAACCUAUUGAAGGAUAUUAAUUUGAUUACCAAGUGUGAGAAAAUGCUUAGAGCAAAGCUAUUACAACGUUGCCUGUCGUAUGACAUGCCUUUGAACUGUAGAGCCAUGCAUCUCCUUAGAGAUAACGCUUACGUUAAUGGGAAUUGGACAGGCGCCAGUAGCAAACAGACUUUUCCCAUUUGCAACCCAGUCGACAAUACUGUUAUCGCUCAUGUUCCUGAUAUGAAUGUUGAAGAUACUCAAGUAGCCAUCGACGCUGCUGCCAAAGCCUUCGAGUCGUUCAGUAAAACCACGGCCAAAGAGAGAAGCGAUUUGCUUAGAAAAUGGUACAAUUUGAUGGUCGAGCAUUUCGAGGACUUGGCUAUGAUCUUGACUAAGGAGAACGGAAAAUCUCUCGCCGAGUCUAGAGCGGAGAUCAAAUACGGGAAUUCUUUUGUCGAGUGGUUUUCGGAGGAAGCUAGAAGAAUAGGAGGAGAAGUACUGCAGUCUCCCAUGUCGAAUAGAGAAUUGUUUUUAUUAAAACAACCGGCCGGUGUAGCUGCCUUAAUCACACCAUGGAACUUUCCACACGCUAUGAUCACUAGGAAGGCGGCCGCCGCGCUCGCCGCUGGUUGUACGUGUAUCGUCAAACCCUCCGAGGAUACCCCGUUGACGGCGCUGGCGUUGGCAGACCUCGCGGAAAAGGCAGGUUUCCCCGCAGGGAUCUUGAAUGUACUCACCACGAAUAUAACGAACUCCGCCGCUGUUGGCCAAGAGCUUUGCGCAAAUCCAAAGAUAAGAGUAUUAUCGUUUACUGGCUCCACAGCUGUAGGAAAGAUCUUAUAUAAGCAAUGCGCCCCGACCAUGAAACGGCUCGCCCUCGAAUUGGGUGGCAACGCGCCGUACAUUGUAUUCAAGUCCGCUGAUGUAGAUUUAGCUGUGAACAGUGCUAUGAGCAGUAAGUUCCGAAAUACCGGUCAAACAUGCGUCUCGGCAAACAGAUUUUUCGUAGAGGCUGAUAUCUUUGACGAGUUCGUUAGGAAAUUCGUGGCAAAGAUUGAGACGGAUAUCAAGAUGGGAGACGGCAGUAAAGAGGGUAUCACUCACGGGCCUCUUAUAAAGAAGAGUCAAAUGGAUAUAGUGUACGGUCUGGUAAAGGACGCGGUUCAGAAGGGUGCUAAGGUGCAUUGCGGUGGAAAUCCAUUGCCAGAUCUCGGACCACUGUUUUUCGCACCUACUCUGUUAACCAAUGUAACGAAAGACAUGCAAAUUUACAACAAAGAAAUCUUUGGACCCGUAGCCGUAAUCAAUAAGUUUAGUAGUGAGGAAGAGGUAAUGAGGCAGGCCAAUGACACACCGGUCGGUUUGGCCGGAUACUUUUUUUCACAGGACAUAUCGCAAAUAUUUAGGGUUGCGCGUAAGUUGGAAGUUGGUAUGGUGGGUGUUAAUGAGGGAUUAAUUUCAUGCGCGGAGGCUGCUUUUGGUGGAGUGAAAGAAUCGGGUUUAGGAAGGGAAGGUUCCAGUCAUGGGGUCGAAGAUUUUCUUGAUAUCAAAUAUGUAUGUGUUGGCAAUCUUAAAUACUGAUACAAAAUACAUUUUGAACAAUAAUCACUGUUAUUCGAUAAUGGUUGCUACAAAUUAACUAUAGACAAUAAUUACCAUAUAAUUGAUAAUCUAGUACAUAAUAAUGAGAAGAUUACAGUGUUCUAACGCGACUAUGAUUGUGACUUUUUGAUUGUGAUUAUUUACAUAUAAUUCUAUUAAUUUUCUUUUAAUUUGUUUUUUUUUUUAAUAACACUGAAGACAAUUUAAUUUGAAUUUUUUAAACUCAAGUAGCUUUAUUUUAAUUUGUAUCAUAUACAUUUAUUAAAAUUUAUGCUUAACAAUUUAUUACUAUAUGCGUUUAUUAAUAAUGUUAAAUAAGAUAACAUUUCAGUGAUAAUGUUAAGUUUCUGUAGUGCAAUAUAUAUAAUUUAAUUAUAAUAGUACAAAAGUA